CGAGGCAGGAGCGCAAAGCCGGCUGCAGUGGCCUACAAGUGUGGCCACUCCCGCUCCUCCACGGAAUGGGCUGCCCAGGGAGGAAGACCCUGGCUUGUUUUCUUCUCUUUGUGCCCGUAUGUCUGCAUGGCGCUUUGUCACAGGACGCAGGCCCUACAGGGCAAAGAAGGCCAUUUUUUGAGAGGCUUCGCAGACUGGAGGACCAGUUUCGGAAGUUCCAGGAGGUGACCUUAACACACCUGCAGGCCAUCGCCAGCAACUACAACCUGUCCUACAACAUUGAUGCCCGGUUCCGGAGCUUGGCCCAGGAGAGCCAGGCCUUGGCUCUGGCAGUCAACCAGUCGCAGGUCACUGUGCAGGGCGACCUGGGCCACCUCAAGACCUGGAUGCGGAAGACACAGCGCAGAAGCCGGAAGGUGGACUCCAGGCUGCUGGCCUUGGGUUAUGCCCUGAGGGCAAGGAGCCAGCAGCACACCCAGGAGAGGAAGGAGCAGGACGCACAGAGGGAAGUACUGUCUGGCCUGGCCCUGGACGUGCAAGCCCUGCAGGACACACUGGCUCGCCUGACACACGUUGUCCAGAGCCAGGGCACCAGGCUGGAUGCUCUCAAGGGGUGGCUUCAGGUGGCUUGCCCUGGCACCACAGCCCCAGCAUGGGCCCCUGCCCAGCCGGAGCCGCCAAGCCCAAACUCCCUGAAGCUGCAGGGUGCUAGGCAGGCUCUCAGGGCUUCGCCUGAGCCCAUGGACCCACCUCAGGAUUUUGCUGGCCAUCUCCAGGGGAUGCGGGAGCCCCCAGGCCCAGGCAGCCCGUGGGCAUGGCCCCCCCAGAGACUAGGAGAGAUGUGCAACGUGGGCCCUGCACUCGUCUUCCCAAACACCUCCACUGAGAACGUGGUCUUCCUCGGCCCCGGCUUCCUCUCAGGCCUGCAGGCCCUGUCUGUCUGCAGCUGGGUCCGAACAGCCUCCGGCCGCCUGGGCACCCUCCUCUCCUACGCCACCGAGGAGAAUGACAACAAGCUGGUAUUGCACGGCCGGGACUCCCUGGCCCCUGGCUCCAUCCACUUCGUGAUUGGAGACCCAGCCUUCAGGGAACUGCCCCUGCAGCCGCUACUGGAUGGCCAGUGGCACCACGUGUGUGUCAUCUGGACGUCCAUCCUGGGCAGGUACUGGCUCCACGUGGACCGCAGGCUAGUUGCCACUGGCUCCCGCUUCAGGGAGGGCUAUGAGAUCCCUCCCGGAGGGUCCCUGGUGCUGGGCCAGGAGCAGGACAGCGUGGGGGGUGGGUUUGAUGGCUCUGAGGCCUUCGUGGGCAGCAUGGCAGGCCUAGCCAUAUGGGACCGUGCGCUGGUCCCUGGGGAAGUCUCACACCUUGCCACUGGGAAGGAGCUCCCGCCAGGUGCCAUCCUGACAUUGGCCAAUGCCACACUGAUAGGCGGAUUUGUGCAGAGGGUGAACUGCACCUGCCUAGAGCUCUGUCCGUGAGACCUCACCACUCAGGAGCUGUGGUCAUGCUCUAGUCUCCAGCCUUGCUCAGCCACCCCUGACCCCAGCACACUGCAUGGAGGGUCCCCGUCCAAACUGGGGACCUCUGACCUGAGCCAGGCACACCUGGCAUCUAACAUAGAAUGUGGGCAUUCCAUGGGGGGGCAAAACAUGCAGGGGGAGAGAGGGCGACAGGCAGAGACAUGAGUCAGAGUCCCUAAGAACUGCAUUCUUUCUCUUGUGGCGGCAUCCAAACGGUUGCCCUCUCUGUAGUAUGACAUCAUUUUAACAAGGCUCGACCAGGCCAGAUGGGAGGCUGGACUCCAAAGGACCUCUCCUCUGGUGUAGGUUUGCCGCCAUUACAGGCCACUUAAGGAGGAUUCGUGCUGUCCCUGACACUGCGUAGGCAGCAUGUGACCUGUCACCGCUCUCUCUCAAGGUGACUUGUGGAAGCUUCCUUUUGGGUGAUCCUUGUUCCAACAUCUCAUGAAAACGGCCAGAGAAUUCAUUUCCUGGCCCCCAAUGCCACAGCCCCCCCAUUCACCAGGAGCCCUGGGGGUUCCCUCAAGGUCCUGUGAUGGUUGUUGAGGCUACCUAAGGCUCCAGGAAAGGAGGCCUGCAAGGAGCAUAGUCCUUUCAGAAAUAAACAUUAGUGAUGGACAGGCAGUCCUUUAUUAUUAUUUUUUUUAUUA